AUGCGGGAGGCGCUCACCAACCCCGGGCAGGGUUACUACACGCGGCGCGGCGGCGUCGGCGAGAGCGGGGACUUCAUCACCUCGCCUGAAAUAAGCCAGGUGUUCGGAGAGUUAAUAGGAAUAUGGUACAUUAGUGAAUGGAUGGCCAUGGGCAAACCGACCACCUUCCAGCUGGUGGAGCUGGGCCCAGGGCGGGGCACCCUCACCGAGGACAUCCUGCGGGUCUUCAAGCAGCUCGCCUCUGUUCUUAGUAAAUGUGAUGUCUCUGUUCAUCUGGUAGAAGUGAGCCCCAAACUCAGCGAGAUCCAAGCAGUGAUGCUGACAGGAGGGAAAGUGCAGCCAAGCCCUGAGGACGAGCCUGCUUACAUGAAAGGCAUUAGCAAGACUGGAAUUCCCAUUUUUUGGUACAGAGACAUUCAAGAUGUGCCACCAGGUUACAGCUUUUACCUAGCACAUGAGUUCUUUGAUGCCCUGCCAAUACAUAAGUUUCAGCGAACGGAGAAAGGCUGGCGUGAGGUGUUGGUUGACAUUGAUCCAGAAGUUCCUGACAAGCUGCGGUUUGUCCUGUCACCAUCCAGGACCCCUGCAACACAAAAUUUUAUUCAGCCAGAAGAAACAAGAGACCACGUGGAAGUGUGUCCUGAGGCCGGUGUCAUUGUGCAGCGGCUGGCCUCUCGGAUAGAGAAGGAUGGUGGGGCUGCUCUGGUUGCAGAUUACGGCCACGACGGAACCAAAACGGACACUUUCCGGGGUUUCCGGAAUCACAAACUUCAUGAUGUGCUGAGUGCUCCAGGCACAGCAGACCUGACAGCAGAUGUUGAUUUCAGCUACCUUCGAAAGAUGGCACAGGGGAAAACAGCUACAUUAGGCCCUAUAAAACAGAGGGAGUUUUUAAAGAACAUGGGCAUUGACCUCCGACUGCAGGUGCAAAGUGUUCGCAGCUGUAGAGCUCUCUCAGUCCCUAGGCAAUACUCUUAA